AAGUCAAUGUUAUCCAAUCCACUUUCUAGUUUCUUCGGUGGCGGUGUGUCAUGAAGAUAGGCGACGUUUUAAACUGUAGUUUCCCAGAAUGGUACGGCAAGUUUAAAAAAGUUACAAUCAAGAGCCUUCUUAUUCCGCUUCCAAAAGAAUUUAUCGAUUACCUUCACUCAGACGGGGUUGUCUUACCAACAGGGAGCAGUGCACCUCCAUCACAGGGCCGUGACUAUGACUCGGACAGUGAGGUGGACUGGGAUGAAGCUGAUCGGGAGGAAAAUGAGGCCCCAAGUUUCCCAGAGUUACAGGAGCAAGUAUCCAAAGCAAUCCGAGAGCUGGGUGGGCGGUGCUUCCCCAAGCUGAACUGGUCAAGUCCCAAGGAUGCCACCUGGAUUGCCAUUAACAACAGUCCCAGCUGCAGCUCUUUUGAGGACAUUUGCCUCCUCCUCAAGAGCUCAGACUUUGUUGGACACGACCUGACGCAACCAUUCGUCUACUGUUCCGACUGGCAGGAAGAUAUGAAACUUGAAAACUUCUUCAAACACGUACUUGUGUUGAGGAAGUGGGAGGAAAUUGACCCAAGCACAGAGUUUCGUUGCUUUGUCAAGAAUGAUGUCCUUAUAGCUAUUACCCAACGGGAUCAUACCAGUUACUAUUACCACAUUGAAGAACAAAGGAAUGCCAUUGUGCAGGACAUUGUCUCAUUCUUUGAGGAACACAUUGUACACAAGUUUCCUGACGAGAACUAUGUCUUUGAUGUGCACAGAAUAAGGAAGGAUGUUGUUGUCCUGCUGGACUUCAACCCCUUUGGUUCACAGACAGACUCGCUCCUAUUUGACUGGGAUGAGCUGGAGGCCUUUGAUGCCAGAAGACGUGAUCUCCCAGAGUUGAGGUAUAUGACUGAAGAUAGAGGUGUGCAGCCAAGCCCCUACAGGCACUAUGGACUGCCAAGGGACUUUGUAGAUUUGAGUUCUGGAGAGGAUGCCAGGAAGCUUAUAGAUUUGCUCACACUGGGUAAAAAAGGGCAAGAAGAUUCCUCCAAUGAUGAAGAUGACCAGACAGAUGCUGUCAGCUAGCAGUCAUCACGUCUACAAACAUAUUGGAAGCCAGGAUUGUUUGUCCUUGCUAGUUUAAAGAUCACGGUUUACAUUUUUAAAUUUUACACAAUUUGCAUCUCGCUUAAUGUAUAUGUAUUGCUCACCCAAAAACCGUGCUCCAAACUGCGAAGACGAGAGUUCGAGGUAACUCGUUACUGUAACUAAGUUCCUUUUUUCGGUAACUUAUAACUUAACUCGGUACUUUUGCGCUGUGGUAACUUUCAGAGGAACUCGUUCCUUUUUCAGGUAACUUUGACAAAGUAACUUAAAGGAAGUUCCAAGUUACUUUUAAUUCACUUUUCACUCACGUCCACAUAUUUUCUUGCUUUCUCUCCGGUUCUUUCAUGACAUUUUAUGCCAUAAACCGUGAUAUUCAAUCAAUGACAGUAUUUUAUUCAGGAAGUAGGAACCGCUGCCAUUGAAAUGAAGCGGAACCAUUCUGCUCCCGCAUGGAGUUAGAUGCAACGCGUUCGAACUGUUGGACAUAAAUGAAAACGAUCUAAGCGUGUUGCACUCCUCCACAGGCAACUCAAGGUCUAACUCAACUGCUCACGCGCUGCACCUGUGUAGUGCUAUUUUGUGCCCGAAGUAACUUGGAAGUAACUCGUUCUUUUUUUAAAGUAACUGCGAGUUACAUUUCAGGCAGAAGAACUUUGUUAUUAACUUAGUUACAUUUUUCACACGGUAACUUGUAACGAGUUCACUUCGACGGGUAACUUCUCGAUCUAUGGCGAAGACAUUGGUUGUGAUGUCUUCCAGAUCAUGUUGUUACAGGAAGUGGAAAAACUUUGAGCACAGUACUCAGACUUUUAGAACUGUGUGUGUGUGUGUGUGAGAAUAAAGGGCCUAGAACUCGAGCACUAUCAUGCACACACUGUCUCCCCACGUGUUACUUUUAUGGAAUAGGGAUGUCAGCACGGAUGAUGUUCAUGGCACGAAAGAUUCUGAAUGGUCCUGCAUGAAAAAGUUUUUAGGCAGCUAUAAAAGGAAGAAAAAGCCUGUAUUUAGGCUCUUAACAACGAAGUUGCAGGCAUAAUAAAUGAACUUUUUCUUUUUUUUUUGUCUCUACGGAGGCAGCGUGCAAUCGGCCCUUCGUAUACGGUUCGGAUGAAGACAUAAAUUAUCAUUUAUGUGGCACCUGUCUAUAUAUAUAAAACAUCUACCAGAACACGUUUCUUGCCAAGUGACCUGGGCUCGGAUUCACGAACGCAAGUUACGCUAAGAUGCGCUAAGACGACGUCGACGUACGACGGCGUCGUAAGCACAAAGCUAUCGUAGUGGAGAGGGUACACCCUUUGACGAGAGGGGUCAGGGUGUUUUGUAAGCGGUGUGUGACACCCGGUUUUGCAGCUUUUAUGGCUUCUUUUGCCUUUCUUGGAGACAAUUUGGAGAGGUGUUGGGGGUGUCUUAGUGGUGUGUAGGGGAUGCUUGAAAAAUUCCUGAGACACGAUCUUACGGAGCACAAAGUUGAAGCAUUUGUUGAAGGUUACCAAGCGAAAAAGUGCCUCAAUGUCACUUCGGGGAGGGUCUCGAAGGUUCUGUGGCAAAGUGCAACGCAUUGUCGCGUAUUACGGAGUCUUGGUUUGCCGUCUCCAAAUCCACCGCUGCCAGAUAACGCCGCCAUCUUUCUUCGUAAGACUGCUCGGGAGCUCACGCAGGAUUCCGCCGUAAGCUCUGAAGAUUUUGCGACGCGCGCCCUUCGUGAAUCUAUACUUCGUCGUAACUUUCCCGUACGACGGAGAUACGACAGAUUCCGUCGCACGGGUGCUUUGUGAAUCCGACCCCUGUUUGGCCCAUGAGGCAAUGGAUGGUGAAUGCCUUAUUGAUCUUGGUGGACUGCUCUCCAAGUGUAAAAUCCUUCAAUGUUGAGAGCCAAAUUUUCGUGAGUCAAGCACAGGGCACAUAUUUGCAGCCACUAAAUUUUGCGAAACUUAGACUCCAGAGCUUAUGGCUUCAUCACCUCACAUUGUGGUGUGCCUUACAUUGACCUUACUAUGUUUGAUUAGGGUGGCGUGGGACAUGCUGGUGACACAUGCAGUUUAUAUGUUUACUAGCAUCAAGUGUGAAAAUAAAGUACGCAAUUUUAUA